GUGAUAGGUUAGAAAGGUUAGAAUACUUGAAUACAAUAAUAAUAAAACAAAAAGAAAGGUUUAUUUGAAAAUGACGAAAAGGAUAUUUAACACAGAAAAUAGAACGACGACCAACAAAAAACCAAAACUUGACAAUGAAAUUGAAGCAUUAUGGGGCGACGAAGAAUUAGAUGAAAGUGUCUUUGACGAUUGUAUAAGAUUUGAUAGUCAAGUUGUGCAAGAAGAGCCUAGAAAUGAAAAUGAAAGCAUUCUACCUAAUUAUACUAUUUUUAAAGCUCCAAGGCAAAUGUUAAGCUCUACACAAUUGGAAGUUCAUGCAACAACUAGUAAAUUGUCAAAUUAUGAUGAAACCCAUAAAAAAUCUAGCAUUGAAUUUGAAAUUCAAAAACUAAAAGUACAGUGUAAAGAAAAAGAUGGGGAAGUAGCAGUUUUAAGAAGUCAAUUGCGUGAUAUUAGAGCCCAAAGCAAUGUAGAUUUUCAGAAAUCUCAAGCUGAAUGGAAAAGUAAAUUUACUAAUACUGAGAAACAAAUACAAGCAGUGAAGAGUGAGUUAGAAUUCAAAAAUUUAGAAAUAGCUAACCUCAGACAAAAAGUUCUUAGUCUCAGUAAGGCAAAUGUAAAUAUAACAGUUAAUAAUGAUUCUACUAAAAGUCCCAAACCUUUGCCCAAGAUUCAAUCUGAAGAAAAACAAAAGGAUUUAUGCAGCAAAUUAUGUAUUACUUCUCUUACUGAUUACCCUUUACAAGGAGUAGUAAACGAAUCUAUGGUUUCCAUAUUGAAAAAUGAAAAAUUUGUACUGGAGAAUAAACAGAUCCAUUCAUAUAAAAACGCUAUCCCUUAUCUUCAGAAUAAAAACAUAUCUACAAGGGUUAUACUGGAUAAAAACAGAGCAGACAUACAACUUAUUUACCCCAUUUUAUUAAAAUUUUGUGAAUAUAGAAUAGAAGAGAUUGAUUGUUCGAAAAAUAUUAAGGAUAUAAGCAAGAUAGUGUGCACAACUUUGCAGUUAUUAGAUGAUUUAUAUAUUCUGUUGCAUGAAAUUAAAAGGAAUCUUCGAACGGAAGAUAUCUUAGAGGCCGACUCUGUUUAUCUGAAGAGAAUAAAUUGUGUUUCAGAAUUUGACGGGUCCAAUAAGAAUGAACUUGGUAAAAAAUCUUCAUUUUUAUUAAAUUUCUUAUCUGAACUUUUGCCGUACUCUACGUAUCUAAAAGAUUAUUUUUUUGAAAAUAAGCAAUUGGUUUUAAAGGAAUUAGAAAACUUUAGGAGUAGUCUUCCAUAUAUUUCUUCAAAGAGGAUCCAUACCGGAGAAGAUUUUUUAAAUAAAUUAAUAUCAGUUUUAAGUAUGCUUGGUGAAAUAAGGAAAACCAAUGUGAUGUCCUCAUUCCUAAAAUCAACAAUAUACCUUUUAACAAAUAUCUGCAAGCUUAAAGGCUACGAAAAUUUGGAAAAUCUUAUAUGUCUUAGUACCAAGGAACUUAUUUUUUUACGACCGUCUCUAGAAACAGCAUUCCAGCUGACUUAUUUAUUAAGGGAGGCUUCAAGAUACACGUAUUUUGUUCAAUUUUUAUUGAAUAAGGCAAAGAACGAUGGUAUUACUAAAAAUAAGAAAGUUAUAUAUUUUAAUAAAGAUGCUUGUCGUUUUUAUAUCUUUGUCCUGAUAUUUGACCGAUGUCUAAGUAAAAAGAGAAAUGUGCCUUCAGAGAUUUGUUUCAAUAUAUUGUCUUUUAUAUACAACACAUACAAAUCAUCGUAUUUUAUACAUCACCAAGACAUAAAAGAGUGUGAAUGUUUGCCUCAGUUAUAUAAGUUAGUAAUUGAAAUCAUACAUCGGACUGUUGAGAGGUGUUUAGAUGAAAACAGUGAUAUAGGUGGAAAAGGUGAACCUGUUAACUUUUUCGAAAGCAAAAUUAUUUUAAAAGUAUUAAACCUAAUGACAUUCAACUGUUACGAACUAACAGCAAAAUAUAUAACAGUUUAUUCGCAAUUCAAGGAUAUAGAAAGACGAUUUCGAGAAAAAGGAGUUUGUGACCUGGACAGGAUGAAUAUUAACGAAGAGAUACCAGAAAUUGAUAGCCAUAAUUUUGAUAACAUAGGAUUUUAGAUAUUCAGCUGUGAUUCAAUUUACUAAUGUGCACACCAUGCUCAAAUUAUGACAUAAUAAGUACAAUGUAGACUUUAAACAAAAUUGUAUUUUAAAGAAGAGUAAGUUUACGGAAUUGUGUAGAAUAUCAAAAUUGUUCAUCAGUGUAUUUAUUUAUAAAAUCAUAUUUUUGAUAAAUCUGUAUUUGUAAGAAAUUGUUUGCAUGGUUAUAUUGUUGUAUAUUUUGCAUUAAAAAAUUUUAUCUAUGGCUUAGGAAAAAAUUGGUCGAAAUAAUAGUAUUUGAAGAAAAAACAGCAAGAAUUUGUGAAAAUCAUGUUUAUUUCAUAACUUUCAUUUUUUGACUUUUUCUUCAUGCUCCAUUAGAAUUAUCCGACGUUGGUGAUCACCAUGACGAAGGCUUCGUGGUCUUCUACGAUAUGAAGAAAUUGCUCUGCGUAUAGUAUUUUGUUCCAAUUUUAAAUGGUUUUCAACCAGAAAGCUUGUUUACUUCCUGCACCGCUUGAGCUUAUAUUUUUCACGUAAAAACCAGCUGUAGUAUUCUAUAGAUAUUUGGUUUCAAUCUAUGAUCAAAAUGAGAUUUUCCUAUUAAAAGUUUUUAUUAAUUUUCUGUUAUUAUUGAAUCUUCUCAAGCUUAUUUGUUAUUUAUGUGAGUCAUUCAAAGAAUUUUUAACAUUCGUCUACGUAUUCGCAUUUUCAACGCUUGAGUUCGAAUUAUUAUUAAAACUUGUAGCGUCCAUGUUUCACCUCCAUAUUACAUCCAAGAUCAAACGUUCAUUUUUUGUCUUCGUUACAAGGUGAGAUUCUAUUUAGGCAGAUACUACAUCGUGGAUAUGAUUCAACAGAAUUUAGAGGCUCUUCACUGUCUGAUAGAAAUACUGUAUCAUCCGCAUAUCUAAUUACAUUAACCCUCUAGUUUCCCUUUUUUUUUUGUUUUAAAAAUUACUAUAGGAUUAUUUAAGGUCAUUAAUAUUGAAAUCUAAUCUCACAUUUUACAUGAGAUGAAAUUUGAACCCUAUGAACCCUAUAAUCAAAGGUCCGCCUUGAGGCGGAGCUGGGCAGUGAGUAGAGGCAAAUAUUUCUAAAGUAUGAGGUUGGUCAAAUAAUUGAUUGGAAAUUAUGCACACAUUUAUUACUUACUUUUGUCUUAUAACAAACUACUUUUACAUUAGUUUUGAUGAAAAUUGGAAAAACAGUUUUUUGUUGCUUUGUAACAUAAAUUUAUUUUGCACUUUGAACAAAUACACUGAGUUUCUGAUUUGCAUCCUGGGAGUUUGCAUUGGCGUUUAACUUUACGAUCCAACCAUUCAGGAAAGUGGUCGAUUUUGUCAAACCGAAUAUCAGCUAGUGGUAAAUAUGUUUUCUUAGGAAGUAGUUUUUGAGUCUCUGGUAUUUUUUUCGGGCGCCCUGGUGUUUUUAUGGCAUCACCUAUUUCACGUUUGCAUAGUACAGCAGCAAUCUGUUUUCUAAAAAUCGGUAACUCUAUGGUGAAUAUAGAGUUUCUUUGAUUUAUUCGUUUAUGCAGUAAAUAGGCAUUUAUCAUAAUCAUGUCCAAAAUGUGAUAAAAUAUUCGACUAGUCCAUUUAUUGGUUUUCAUUCUGAUGUGAUAUCUGCCUAAAAGACCAUCCAUCAGGUCAACACCACCCAUGUGCGCGUUAUAUUCGUGGAUUACAUUUGGACAGUUCACUUCAAUUCUCCUUCUUUGUUUACGAUAAAAACGGGAGGCUUAUAGAGUUGUUUGUAUCUCAUUGCUGGUUAUAAAUGGUUGGAUUCCCACAUAAGUUGAUGCUAGUCGUACACAUUUGUUAUCCUUCCAUAAGGUGGUUGAUAUAUCAACGCCAUGGCAUGAGCCCACAUAUUCUUCAGAAUAUCCGCGUUCUUCUUUGGAAACUUCAUUAUCUUUAGAUAAUUUGCAUUUCGGAAUAAGAUUUGUUCGAAUUGUUCCCAAUGAAUAUAUUCCUCUGCUGUAUAAAUAAGGCAUCAAUGGCAAUGUAUAAAAGUUGUCAAAGUAAAUGAUGUGAUUCUGAUGGUUAGGUACUAUUUGAGACAAUCUCGAAACAACAUUUGCAGCCGCUCCUAAAUCUGGUACUCCAGUCGGAACAACAUUAUCACCUGCCCCAGUAUACAGUUCAAAACCAUAUGAAUAACCAUAAGAGUCACAUAUCACAAAUAACUUCAUACCCCAUUUAUGUGGUUUUGCGGGCAUAUAUUGCCGCAAAUGUGAAACCAUUUUAGUUGAACACAUUUGUUCGUCAACGCAAAGACGUUGACUCAUUGGAACUGAUUGAAAACGUCUGUUGAAGUGAUCUAUAAUGGGCCGUAUCUUGUAUAUGGCAUCGAAUUCUGGAUGAUCUUUUGGCAGUAAAUUUGUAUUGUCAUUAAAGUGCAAGAAACGACAUAUCUCCUCGAAUCUGUUCCUUCUCAUUGUUUCCCGUAUAGGUUCGAACGAGUUUUCAGACCAGUACUCUCGAACAUUUGGAUAUCGAUAGACUGACAUAUAAAAUAGGAUUCCUACAAAUUGUCUUACUUCGUGUGCGGUUGUUGAGAAUGUUGUCGAAAUGUUUAUUUGACGAGCAUACAAAUUAGUUUCAUUUGCUAUGUGCUGGUACAAGUCUGCAUUAGCAAAAUAUUCAAAACAAUCAUAUGGAGUUUUAAGCUCAUUAAAAGUACUAGGCAAGUCAUUGCUUCUUUUGAAUUGUAUUUGCUUUUUAUGAAGUUGUAUUUGCUUAUUUCGCCAUAUAAUAUCUUUGAAUACAGGGCUUUCUAUACCUAUUUCACUUGAGGAUCCAAGAAACGAAUUGCUUGGUACAAUUUCUUCUAAACGCUGACGUUUACUGGUUUCUGCACUCAGUCCAGGUAGUGACCGUUUACUGUAUUCUGUACUCGGUCCAGGUACUGGCUCAGGAACUUCCGUUGCCGCUUCAGAAGCUUCAAUUUCAAUUUCUGCACUCAAAUUUACGCUAUCAAUAUUUUUUUCUAUUAUCGAUUCACUCACAUCCUGACGGACAUUGAUGGCUUCUUCAUUUUCCAAACGUAACAUCUCGGUAGUAUUGGAAGAAUAAAUAAAGUCAGACAUUACCUCACUAACUUCAUCAUCCAAAGAACCUCCUUCAUCAUCAGUACUCAAUUCAUCGACUUCCAGCGAGUCUAAUAAUCCAAAUAUAUCAUCUUGCGACAUCUCAUCGAGAUUCAAUCGACCUCGCCGGUACAUGCCUAAAAAUAAACAUUAUUGAAAUCAUUU